AUUAAUACACUCAUUAUUCAUAUUAUCAAUUAUCAUAUAUUUUUAGUUUAUUACUAAUAUUAUAUUUCAAAAGUUUCGAAAUUUAAUAUAUAAUUAAUAUUUUUAAAAUAUUCUUUAAAUAAUUUAAAUAUAUAAUUUUUAUUUUAAAUAUAUUCUUUACUUUUUGAAAUAUUCGAAAUUUUAAUAUAUAUAAAAUUUCGAAAAUUUAUUAAAUUUUAGAAAUUUAAUAUAUUAUUUUUUUAAAUAUAAGAAAAAAUAUAUAUUAAAAUGUCGAGAGAGUCUGGUAGAAGGUCCGUGGAUAUGGGCGCCGUGAACCGAAGUUUGAGGAGAGGCAAAGCUAAAGCCACCUCCGACGGUUCGACCUCACGCGGUUCUCGAGGAAGACACUCCGUCUCUUCCUUUCCUACUAUCCCCGAUCAAUUCAUCGGGGACGAUAUGACGGAUGAAGAUUUCGACCAGUACAUUUCUGGUAGAGGGGACGCGAAUCUCCCCACUCUUGAUAGUUUAUUCGAGGAUGUUGAUGAAUCAAAACUGGGCAAUCUGGACAGGGACGAGGAGCCUACACCGCACAACAACGACGUCGAUGUGGAGGCAGGUGAGCCCGAGACCUCUCGAGGUCCGGACAAAGUGAACCCACAAAACAUUCCCCAAAAUGAUCAAAAUGUCGGAGGUCAACCUCAUGCCAUGCUACCUACAUUAAUGGUAAACUUCUUGCAACAAAUGACUCAUACCCCUAUGUUUCAACCACCUCCACCACCACUUCGUUUGAUCACUUUCAAAACCUUGAAAGAUAAUGGUGCUGAGGAGUUCCUGGGAGAUCGAAUUGUCGAACCCCAGAUCGCUCUUGAAUGGAUCGAGCAGACUGCUCGUGUACUGCAAAAUUUGAACAUACCUCUUGCUGAUCAUCCAAAAUUUGCAUCUCAAUUGCUCCAAAAGGAAGCCUAUGAAUGGUGGAAACGCACUGACGAAAAUCCAAACACACCCAAACCGUGGACUUGGGAAUUCUUCGAUUGGGCGUUCAAGAAGGAAUAUAUUCCAGCCCGAUUCCGUGAACAGAAACGUGCCGAAUAUAUUCAAUUGAAGCAAGGAGAUAUGACACUCCCUGAAUACCGACAAAAAUUUGUCCACCUCGCUCAAUUUGCAACCACACUAGUGAGCACAUCGGCUGACCGCAUUGAGGAGUUUCGCAAAAGACUUCGACCUGAUCUCAGGCCGCACGUAUCUACUAUUCAAACUAUGGAUUUCAUUGAGGCAUACGACCUUGUAACGCCACAAAAUAUGGCCUAAAAUUUAUUAUAAAAUAAAAGUAGUUUUAUCCAAUAAGGAAUAUUUAUACGUUUGACCAAAAAUAAAUGGAUUUCCAAAAU